UGCUCGGUACGUGUGUACCUCCAAUUUUUUAAUUCUCGAUAGACUCUGGAGCCCAGUCGGCGGCCGGUCCCGCCAGUUCUCGAUUGCAUUACGUGCGGCACGAACGCGCUACCCAUUGAAGAGAUUUGACGAUCGAACGUUCGAAAAUUAAACUUCGUAACGGAUAGUGUUUGAUUUAUUAAAACAAAAUAUUUUUUUCUGUGUUAACGUGCUAGUGUAGUGUAUUCCAAAAAGUUUUGGAUUGUGAUCGGUUUCAUUAUAAAAACUGUUUAUGAAAAAUGAUUCAAAGCUUUUUUGGCUGAACAGUGCCUGCGGUUAAAAUUUUUUGGUGAGUGCCUUUUUUAUAUCAUCGUUCACCACUAAGAUGCAGGCACGACACAGCUUCUGGUGGCAUCUGCUGGUAGACUUGCCUAUACUGCUGCUUGUGGCCGCGAUAUGCAUACUUCUUGAGGUCGGUGCGCUUCCGAGUCGCCGCAGUGGAUUCACCUGCAACGACCCUGCUCUCUCUUUUCCACACGUUGGCGACACGUUCUCCAUCUCUCUGGUCGCUGCCAUCACAAUUAUAGUGCCAUUUGUUGUUAUGUGGGUAGUUGAAGCAAUACACCAUCGGAACGAUGAGUACAACAUGAAACAGAACAAGCUGCUAGUCAGCGCGAAGAUAACAGGUCUCAUCUAUAGAAACUAUAUAUACGGAGCCAUCGUCAACUUGACCAUACUGGAGGUUGUCAAGUGCGUCAUCGGAUCUCCGAGACCGACUUUCUUCGAUCUUUGCCAACCGGACAAGGCUCGGACGUGCAAUGGGUCUGAAUUCAUAAGCAGUUUCACGUGCACGUCGACGAAGUACUCCAGGUACUUGAUAAUUGACUCCACGCGAAGUUUUCCGUCCGCGCACGCAUCUCUCUCCAUCUACUGCGGUUUGUUUUUAGCUUGGUACCUCCAGAGGCGCGCGUUCAGCUGGCACAACCGGUCGGUGCUGGUGGUGCCGCUGGUGCAGACGCUGUGCCUGACGUACGCGGCGGUGUGCGCUCUCACUAGGCUUACCGACCACCGUCACCACUGGUGGGAUGUACUAGUCGGCGGCUCUAUGGGCACACUGGCUGUUUUAUACACUGUGCUGGUUCUUUGUAAGAACUUCUCGCAGCCAACAGUGGUCAGCACCAGUGACAUAUCUAGCAGCGAUGGCAACAACCAUCAGUCAGUCAGGAGACUGUUGUCCAGUGAACCGCAUGUAGUGGUACCCUAGCCUCAGCAGGUGUAAGCGUGCGCUUACUUAUUUAAAAAAAGACUGCUUUCGCGUUCUGUUGGUGAACGUUAGAUGCCAUAGUUAGAAGAACAUUCGAAAUUCAAAUGGAGUAAUAUUUACUUUUUUAUUUGUGUCUGAAAUUGGUUUAAGUAUUUGCAGCUCUAUGUAAAAAGAAUGAUUUUGUGGAAAAUCUUAGUUAUUUAUUAUUUUAACUUUAGAGAAGUUUAGUAAUUUAUGUGCGAAUGAGAUAUAUGCAUAAAUUUAUGUAUUUGUUUUGUAUAUAUUUUUUAAUUGACUGACCAUUUCAUGUUUGAAAAAUAAUGUUAAAAGAUGAGGCAUAUUUUUCACUCUAGGCCAUAAUUUGAAAACUCAGUGCAAACAUUACGUUUGUGGCAAUCAAACAAUUUAUUUGAAUAUGGUCAAUCAAUACUCUAUAAUAGCUAUAGUUAGUAUUGUUGGAAGACAACUAAUACAACUAUGGACAAAAUGGUUAAAUCAAGUAUUAAUUAUUGUAUAAGUCCCGAGAGAUAUCAGUUAAUCUUAAGAACUCGUGAUAAUAGCAAAAUAGAAUAUUGAUUAUUAAUAAAUUUAAGCUUUAUAACUACACAUUCACUGUCUACAACGCCAUUGAUACGUAUUUUCAGCAAUAUAGAGGUGACUCUAUUUCACAUUCCG